AGCACGUUCCCAUUCCAUAGCUCCAUCCCACGGGAAUGUCCCAUUCCUCACCUGUCUCUUCCCUGCCCCGGGCGGCCCCGCUCCCGCCGGUGUCCCCCAGGUUUUGGGAGGAGGCCGGAGGGAGCGGCGCCGGCGCCGGGAUGUGCGCGUCCCUCGGGAGCAUGGCCCUGUCCCUGUGCUGUGGUGGCGUGUCCGGCUCUUCCCGCUGGUGUUCCUGCUGAGGAAAUUCCCGUCGGGAUCCCGGGGCGUUGGGGCCGCGGGGUGGGAGAUCCCGGAGCAGCUCAGUGCUCCGGGAAGGGUGGGAGAGACACCAGGAAAGGAUCCCAGGAAAGGUGAAGGAGAUUCCAAGAAAGGUGGAAAAGACCCCAGCAGGAUGGAAAAGAUCCUGGGAAGGGAGGGAAAGACACCAGGAAAGGUGGGAAAAGAAAAGGACACCAGGAAAGGUGGGAGAGACCCCAAGAAAGUGGGAAAGGAUCCCAGGAAAGGUGAAGGAGAUUCCAAGAAAGGUGGAAAAGACCCCAGAAGGAUGGAAAAGGUCCCAGGAAGGUGGGAAAGACACCAGGAAAGGUGGGAAAAGAAAAGGACACCAGGAAAGGUGGGAGAGACCCCAAGAAAGUGGGAAAGGAUCCCAGGAAAGGUGAAGGAGAUUCCAAGAAAGGUGGAAAAGACCCCAGAAGGAUGGAAAAGGUCCCAGGAAGGUGGGAAAGACACCAGGAAAGGUGGGAAAAGACACCAGGAAAGGUGGGAAAAGAAAAGGACACCAGGAAAGGUGGGAGAGACCCCAAGAAAGUGGGAAAGGAUCCCAGGAAAGGUGAAGGAGAUUCCAAGAAAGGUGGAAAAGACCCCAGCAGGAUGGAAAAGGUCCCAGGAAGGAGGGAAAGACACCAGGAAAGGGGGGAAAAGAAAAGGACACCAGGAAAGGUGGGAGAGACCCCAAGAAAAGUGGGAAAAGAUCCCAGGAAGGGAGGGAAAGACACCAGGAAAGAUGGGAAAAGACCACAGGAAGGGUAGGGAAGAACACCAGGAAAGGUGGGAAAGGAUCCCAGGAAGGGUGGGAGAGGUCUCAAGGAUGUUGGAAGAGACUCCAAGAAAAGUGGGAGAGAUCCCAGAUAAAGUGGGGAGAGAGCCCAGGAAAGGUGGGAAAGGAUCCCAGAAAAGAAACCAGGAAAGGUAGGAGAACCCCAGGAAGGUUGAGAGAUGUCCCAGGAAGGGUGGGAGAGAAUUCAGGAAGGGUGGAAAAGAUCCCAGGAAGGGGAAAAGGACCCCAGGAAAAGUGGGAAAGACCCCAGGAAAAGUGGGAAAGGACCUCAGGAAUGGUGAGAAAGACCCCAGGAAUGGUGGGAGAGAUUCUGGGAAAGGUGGAGAAGACCCCGGGAAGGACAUUGGGAAGGGGGGCAGAGCAUCCCCGUUCCAGGCCCAGCAAACCAUGGAUGCACCAGGAUCCAUCCGUGGUUCCCCAGGGUGGGGGGUCCCAGGUCCCCCUCUGGAGCAAGAAUUCCAUGAGACAGAGGAGGGAGCUCCUGGGAUCCUGCUCCAUCCCAGUCCCCCAGGGAAGUCACCCGAGGCCACAGCAGGAAAACCGGGAUGCAGGGAUUCCAGCACAUCCCAGUGGAAUGGUUCCAGCACAUCCCAGUGGCUUCCAGAAGCUCUGGAAGGACUCCCCGGGCUGGCAUGGGGCAGCAGCGGGAUCCCGGGAAAAGCUGUUCCCACUCCAGCUCCCUUGGGCUGGAAGAUCCGUGGGGUUGGGAGGGCCGGAGAAUUCCCCCUGGGAAUUUCCCAGCGUGCAUGGCCGGCUCUGUGCUCCUGGUUGUGCUUCCUCCGUGUUGUCCCCGUGUCCCGUCCUCGUGUCCCGUUCCGUGUGCGGAGCUCCGGCUCCAUCCGUGUCCCGGCUCCCGGAGCCGUUCCCGGUUGAUUUUUCCUUGUCCUUUUCUGCCAAGCGCUGAAUUCCCGAGGCCGCGGCCCCGUCCCGGGAGAGCGGCGCCGGAUCCCGACGCCGCGGGAAUGCCGGGGGCCGCGUUCCCGCUUUCCCGACGGCUGCUGGAUGCCAUUCCCGGGGAUUUGCUCUGCUCCCGGGUGGGGCGGAGGCGUGGGAUGCUCGGAAGCUCCCGGCCUGCUCCGGAUCUUUCCGGGAACACCCGGAGCGGGGUCGUUCCGGAGGCUCCUCUCGGCCGUGGGGGGCUCAUCCCAUCGGAUCCAGCUGUGGAUUCAUUCCCUCAGUCCUGGCACUGGUGUCACGGAUAUUUGGGAUAUUUGGGGGACACCAGCAGGGAACCGUCCCCUCUGUUGGUGCAGGGGGCACUUGGGUCAUCCUAUGGAUCAUUCCGGGGCUUAUUCCAGGACUCAUCCCGAGAUUCUUCCCUAGGCUCAUCCCGAGGUUUAUCCCAAGAUUCCUCCCAAUGCUCUUCCGUGGGCUCAUCCCAAGGUUCCUCCCAGGGCUCAUCCCAGGGCUCAUCCCAAGGUUCCUCCCAGUGCUCUUCCCUGGUCUCAUCCCAAGGCUCCUCCCAGGGCUCAUCCCAAUGCUCAUCCCAGGGUUUAUCCCAGGAUUCCUCCCUAGGCUCAUCCCAGGGCUCAUCCUGAGGUUCUUCCCAGGGCUCAUCCUGGGGCUCAUCCCAAGGUUCCUCCCAGGGUUCAUCCCGAGGUUCUUCCCAGGGCUCCUCCCAGGGCUCAUCCCAGGGUUUAUCACAAGAUUCCUCCCAGUGCUCUUCCCUGGGCUCAUCCCAAGGUUCCUCCCAAGAUUCCUCCCAGGAUUCCUCCCAGUGCUCUUCCCUGGGCUCAUCCCAAGGUUCCUCC